CUCAUACCAUUGCCUAGCAACAACGUCGGAGGCAAAGCGCAAGAUCAAGAAGUUCCAACAGUUUCCAUUAGUGUUCCUCAGAUCUCACCUUCACUCUUCAAAUCGCCCACCAUGUCUGUUUCUGGAGCAGUUAAGCGUAUCAUUCCUCUCUUUGACCGGGUCCUCGUCCAGCGGGUCAAGGCAGCUGAGCGCACCGCUUCUGGUCUCUACAUUCCUGAGAAGAGCCAAGAGACACUGAACGAGGCCGUGGUGGUGGCCGUUGGACCUGGAGCGCCCGACAAGGACGGUGUCGUUCGCCCUGUUGCUGUAAAGGAAGGCGAGCGUAUAUUGCUUCCUCCUUACGGUGGAAACUCGGUGAAAGUGGGAGACCAGGAAUACUUCCUGUACCGAGACUCUGAGAUCCUGGCCAAGCUCUCCGAGUAGAUAGAUUUUGGGAGUAUCCUUAGGGAGGCCUUUUAGAUCAUGGCGUAGUAGGCUGUAUACAUCUCGACGAAUUCAAUGUACACUUUUGCAUAUCAUUCUCGUCCCUGCAUGUCCCGUA